AUGGGUAUCUCUCGCAGUGGUAACUGGAAGCGCUCCGCCUCUGGCGCUAAGCGCNAUUCCCGCCAACAAGAAGCGCGGUACAAGGGCCGUCAGGCCGCCAACACCCGUAUCGGUACCAAGCGUAUCCAUCUCGUGCGCACCCGUGGUGGCAACCGCAAGUUCCGUGCCCUCCGUCUCGACUCGGGCAACUUCUCCUGGGGCUCCGAGGGUAUCUCCCGCAAGACCCGUGUCAUUGCCGUCGCCUACCACCCUUCCAACAACGAGCUCGUCCGUACCAACACCUUGACCAAGUCCGCCGUUGUCCAGAUCGAUGCCGCUCCUUUCCGUCAGUGGUACGAGGCCCACUACGGCGCCGCUCUCGGCCGUCGUCGCCAGGCCAAGGGUGAGACCGAGGAGACCAAGAAGUCCAAGUCGGUCGAGAAGAAGCAGGAGGCCCGCACCAAGGCCUCCGGCAAGGUCGAGUCUCCCAUCGAGAAGCAGUUCGAGGCUGGUCGUCUCUUCGCCGUUGUCGCCUCGCGCCCCGGCCAGAGCGGUCGCGUUGACGGCUACAUCCUCGAGGGUGAGGAGCUCGCCUUCUACCAGCGCGCCAUCCGCAAGUAG